UACUGGCUUCCAACAAGCUUUCCGCAGACACGGUGCUUUUCAACGAAAGAGAUUGAGCAGUUCAGUACUUCUGCUUUCAUCAUUAAACUCGUAAUUGAAGCAUAAGUCAUGGUGGAUAUUUGUGGAAUAAUCGGUGGACGUCUGAAAAUCACUGUGAAGAUGACCAGUAUUGCGUGUUGGGCUUAUAUAUGAAUUAAAGCUGAUUUGGGUGUGACCGAACUAUGGCCAGCAAAUCCGCAUUUGAUCGCCUCAGACCACUGUGUGUUGCACUGACCAAGUGUCCAAGUAGGAAGGGUUUAGAGGAGCUUCGAGAGAAAUUGAAAUCAGAGGAAAGAUCAGAACUGCAAGAACUUCAAGAAUACGUGCUGUUUCCUCUGCGAAUCAUAGUUAAGCAGGGAGUUAAAUUCUCUGAAGAACUCUGCACAGAUGCCAUCAGCUGUAUGUGCCUGGUCCUGGAGAGGACAGAAGUCAGGAAGUGGGACAUGUUCCAUGAUAUCUUCAACUCUCUUUGUUUACUGAUCAGUUCUCCCACUGAACCAGGGAAAUUGUCUCAUCAUUCAGAAGAACUGAAACUGGCCACUGUACAGUGCCUGCAGGCUUUACUGAGUCAUUCAGUGGUCAAUGUACUCCAGGCUGCAUAUUCUGCGAGUUUUAUCCCUGCGUUGGGCCAUUCCGUCUCUCUUCUGCUGCAUAUGGUGGACACAGAGUCGGCUCGCCACCUCAAAAAGGCUGCCAUGCAGUGUCUGAUGGCUCUUGGGCAGUGUGAUGGAAAAGUGCCUUGUUCUCUCAGUGUGCAGAUAGGUGACACCUUUGCCUCCUUCCUGCCUGGGAUAGCCAUGGGGCUGUGCAAGAUAAUAUCUGGAGACACCAAACAAGGGACUAGUGUCAUAGUGUGUGCUGUUGAAGCUUGGACCAAACUGGUAACCUUGGUAAUGGGGGAUGUGAACCUAGAGAAAUCCAGAGAACUGAGAAAUAAAAGCCAACCAGCUAACAGUAACACCCCCCACAGACAGCUUCAAGUCCAAAGAACUGAAGAGUGGGCAAAGUCCACAUCAGAAAAACUCAUUUUACUGAUCAAGAGGAUUGGUUCUGUUGUUACUCACAGUAACUGGAAAGUCCGACUUUCUCUGGUUGAGUGGGCUGAAUCUUUCCUUACUGUGUGCUCAAAAUCCCUGUCCAACUGUGUUCCUCAGUUUCUGGAGACGCUAGUCUCUCUGCUGGGUGACGAUUACCCAAAUGUUGCCACCAGAAGCAAACAGGCCUUGACAACCUUCCAACAAAACUGUGAGGCCACUGAACAAAUAAAACCCUUGGUGGAGCUCUUGGAAGAGAAUUUGCUGCAUCUGGCAACCUCCUUGCCACGUGUGAUGAGGGUGGCGGAUGACAGGGACAAGUUGAUGACUCUUAAGCUUUUCACAGGCUAUCUGCAGCUAUUAGGCUCCAAAGUGAACACCAUGUUCUAUUCCCACCAUCACCUGAGGAGGCUGGCACAGGCUCUGGUUCAGGUGUUGGAGAUGGACUGCACAGACAUGAAAAUAAUAGAGGAGAGAACUCAGUCGCCAGGAGGUCUUCAUCAACUUGACAUCCACCAUUCUAGUCUCAGAAAGUACUUUCAACACUUCCAUGAUGACAAGAUAUACCAAGAGGUGACAGUGAUCUGCAGAACUUUGGCACAUUUCGGAGAUAUCCAGUUGCUUAUGGAUCAUUUUCUAGAUGUCUAUCACGAGUCCUCGGCCCACAGGAAGGAGGCAGCCAUGAUCCUCAAUGAACUUGCGCUAGGGGUGGUGGGAGACAGUGUGGAAUCUGAUCUAAAAACUGUGGCAAAAACCAGACCUGAAGUGGAAGAUCUUAUCAGGUCAUUAUGUGAAGAUUACCUGUCACCAGCAAAUUUUGAUCUUCCAACAGCUGUCCAGUCAGAGGCCACAAAUUAUAGUAACACUUGUUCUAAUUGGUUAUUGCAAACAGACCCAAAGAGAGGUGGUCUGUCAUUGGCAGCUUUGAACAGUAACAUUAUGCAAAUUUGUAUAGAGCUUGAAGGGAUAGGGAAUUUUUCUAAAGUUCUGCAAAGUGAAUUCAACAAACUUUUAAUAAGUAUUCUGUACCCAUUGCUGGAGAAGCUGGGUAGCCAUGUAGCCAUUAUUAGCCAUACUGCCUAUCAAACUCUGUGUACUGUGAGUUCAAGUUGUGGCUACAGUGGCAUCAGUGAACUUCUUUGCUGCAACAGUGAUUAUCUUGUGAACUCCAUAUCCCUACGCCUCCGCCAUCUUGGUCGUAACCCCCAAGCACCGUUGGUCCUUCAGGUGAUUCUACAGUACAGCGAUGAAGAAAUUAUGAACUACAUAGAAGAUACUAUAAAAGAGAUAUUGGAUGUCCUUGAUCAGCAUCAUGAUGAAGAAGCGGCCAUAUUUUUGAGAGUUCUUCACACGCUUUCUGUCUCCAUUCUGAGGUGGUACCCACCUGACCAGAAACUGAAAACUGAUUGGACAGAAACUGAUUCCAAAAAUAAAGAUGUGAAAAGGGAAAAGUUGACAUCAGACCAAUUGCUGAAUUUUUUCUUGGAUUACCAAAAACACAAACAAAUUGCAGAAGAUCUGGACAAUUCAGAUUUUGAUGAUGAAAAAGAAGAUCAAAGCCAGCUCAGUGCAGAUGAGAAGCAGUCCAAAAUUGAUGAGGACAGUCAGUUUGAAACUGAUCAUUCAGAAGAAAAGAAAAAGGAAACACCAAGACACAUCAAGCUUAUUAUGGAGGUGCUUGAGAGAUGUAAACAUCUUAUGUCGUCUGCUGAUCCUAGACUUCGGCUACUGGUACUGGACAUCAUUGUAUCUGGCUGUCAUGUUCUUGCUGGAUAUCAAGACGAUCUUCUGCCCCUGGUGCACAAGCUGUGGUCCCCGUUUGUCAAUCGACUAAAUGAUGAGGAACAAGUUGUAAUAAGGAAGGCUUUUCAAGUGUUGUGUGUAAUGGCGGAGGUCAGUAAAGACUUCAUUCGGUCUAGAGUGUCCAAGGAGGUGCUUCCAAAAAUAGCUGCAGUAUUGAAAAAACAAGCCCAAGUCAGUUUCAGAGUUGGAGCUUCCUAUAAAUUCACUAUGGCCUUCAAAAUGCAGGCAGCUCUACUGCAUGGGAUAGGACACAUCUGUGAACAGCUUUCAGUGUCAGAGAAUGACCUUGACCUAGUGACCUCCUCAUGCUUGCCAUAUCUCAGUUCAAGACAGCCUCGUCCUUUGCAAGAGGCAGCAAUAGGAGCACUAGAAUCCCUGACACGGGUGGAUGGGGAUAUCGUCUGGCUAAAACUGGUUGAUAUUUAUCAUAAAGACCCCUUGGUUCCUCCAGAUUCCUACUUCCCUGUUGUAAAGCUCUGUUCACACCCUGGCAUGAAGGAUGAAUUUAGCAACAACAUAGAGAGAUUACUGAUGUUGUUGUGAAAGCCACUAAUAACCUGUUCCUAAAUGGAAGAUAUUGAUCACCUGUAUUAAAACUUCAAUUAUUAUAGUGUAUUUAUUUACAUGACCUAACUUAAAGCUGAACACAUUUCGUAUUCUGCUUUCAAGAACCUUGCUAGAAAAUGUCAACUGAAGCACUCUCUUGAUGCGAUGUAG